AAGGUACAAAUAUAAAAUUCUUUAGAUGAGAGUUAUGGUUGUCGCAAUGACUAUUAUUUCAAGUAAUUCACGCUAUUGCAUGGCACUGUAAAGGGACGAAUAAGAUACAUUUCCGACACUUAAUAAGGAAGGUGUCGUACAAUGACAUAAAACUGAGAAGUAAGGCCAACUCGAAAUAAUGGCAUACAAACUACAGCAGACGGAUAUGUACAAUGGUUCAUAAUUUCUUUAGAUUACAGAUGAAAAUAGAGUUUAUUGAGUUUCCAAGUUAGUUCCGUGGUGUGUCUACAGAAUUAUUGUGAAAAAUAAAACAUUAUUUAGAUAGAUUUUGCGGUUACCAUGUGAAAGAUUGCAGGAGAACCCAAUAAAAGUCGCACAAAUAUUUAAUAGGACACAUUUUGGAAUUAUCAGAGAACUCAGUGCCACAGUCACACGUAUAAAAUCAGUAUAAUGCUCAGUUGAUCUAGCUCGAGACGACAAGCCCAUAUGGCGCAAACAUAAAAUAGUACAACUGUUACUAUGGGAUAAUUGUUAAAGAGGGCGAUUAGCACGGUAAUUGUAUGGUUACACACUUAGUCCUGGGAAAGGCUACAGUAACGUAUGUAUCUGAAAAUAAGUUAGCAAGGGUGGUUGGUUAAAACUAGAAUAGGGUCAUGGCUUCUAAUAGCGUUCGUUACCAGUUAAUAGAAUAUCAAUAUAAUAGUUCAUCUCAAUAAUAAUUUACUGGCCACUGAGCAACUACAAUUAUACCACGCUAAGCCGUUUUUUCGGAGCGAGGUUGCAGAAGCGUGAAAAGUAAUUAGACAAUAGACAUACGGCGGCACGAUACGAAUGUUUUGUUUUUGUAACUUCCAGACAAAAGAAAGUUGACAGCGUCAAUAAUUACGGAGGCGACAUGAAACUAUUGUUCAAAGGGAAUAACUUGAAGAAAAAAAAACGCUGGAUUGUGAGCACAUUGGGGCUAUACGCAAGCUUAUGAUAUUGUGAUGUGGAAUGAUUUAUGUUGUGGGAAAACGAUCGAAUGUGGUACAUUUUGUUGGGGACAGAAAAUUAUUUUGGGGGUGACAUAGGCAGCCUUUGUACCUUACUAGGACGAUAUAUUUCAGUGUAACGUUAUCUGUUAUAUGAAGUAGGCUGGAAUAUAAACAAUUUUAUAUUGAAUUAGGCAGUAAAGCAACAGAAUGCCGAGGUUGUGAGGAAUCGGCAAUUCCAUAAACCCCAAUAUCAAACAUCAACGAGAUCUAUCCAAAUUAUAUGAAACCGAUUUGUGAAUCAUUAUUUUGUUAUAUGUCAACAGAAAUCGCCAAACAAGCGGUCAUGGUGAAUUAUUCGAAUCGGUUUAGACGAAAAUUUGAAAUCGCCGCCAUCUUGUUUUUUUGCUAUCCUCCAAAGGUUGAGGUGAAUUCCCAAAUUAUUUUUUAUUGAAGCUAUAUUUUACUAAUAUGCAAUCCUGACAUAGGGCUCUAUUCUUCCUAGUGAGUUAUUGAUAAAACAUGUUUUUUAUUGUUGUGAACACUCAGCAAACUGUAUGAGUGGUGGAUUUUAUGUUUUCAGUUAUCCAUUAAUUCGAUUAAUGAAUUAAUUAAUCAUUGAUUAACAUCAAUCCAUUGAUUCGAAUAAAAAAACAAAACAAAAAAUAUGGUUUGUAAAUGUUUCUAAAGCAAUGCUGGGAAAGAAAGUUAAGUCGGUUUACGACGUAAUUUCCGAGGGUAUGAUGGUCACUGAACAGUCACUGUAUGUAUAGAUCUACGUAACUAUAAAAAUGCGCACUUUGUGGUUGGCCGUUAGGUCCGAGAACUUAGACUAUAAUAAUAAUAAUCCAUUCGAUAUGACCAAAAAAGACACGCUAAGAUUGAUUGGAUGACAUUGCGUUGGCCGUACCUUACGCAUUACUUCUAGCGAUGACAAAACUAUGUGGUCAUGCGAUAUUUUAUUUUUUUAUAUCCUGUCGAUAUGUAUCUAUGAAAGUUGAGUCAAAACCACACACAUAUCGACUAUGCAAAUAACUUAUUCAGUUCAAAUCGUCAUCUUAUCAUAAAAGCAGCAAAUCGUCAGAAUCUUAUCCAACGAAAGCAAGUUGUACCGGUACGUUGCAGCUGCUUAUCAGAAUAGUAAUAUGGAAAUCGUUUUUCUCGAGAAGCGAAUCUACUUGGCAAGCAGAGCGAAUAUAGAAUUUUUAUAGUAAGAAUUCUAUAGAAUGCGAGGAAAUUUCCAACUAACUUGAACAUAAUGUAAUCCUCAGUCAAAAUACCAAUUCUAAUUAGACCAAGAUGUAACUUAAAACAAUUGAAUGAAAAAGAAGAUGUUUGUAUGGUGAAAUUUCUAACAUCAAAUUGUGUUUCAGACGCCAAUUUUUAAUACAUUAUUACAUCUUAACAAGAAAUUGAGCAAAGAAAAUAGAUUCGACAGGCGUAUAGGCAACCUUAUUUGAACUUUCUUAAUUACUGUUGACAUCAACAAGAUUUCAUUCGAUAAUCAUCCCUUUCUAACUACCAUGGGGAAUGGCCCCAGCAGUGAUAAAGAAGGAGGGAAAAGCGGAAUAUUGAAAAAACUAUUUUCCAGUAAAGAAAUUCGAAUACUAAUGGUGGGGUUGGACUGCGCAGGAAAAACAACAAUUUUGUAUAAUUUGAAGAUGGGAAAGAUUGUGAGAACAAUACCAACUAUUGGUUUCAAUGUGGAGACAGUGGAAUAUAAAAACAUAAGUUUUACAGUAUGGGAUAUUGGAGGACAAGACAAGAUCAGACCUCUAUGGAGACACUACUUUUAUAAUGUGCAAGGUAUAAUAUUCGUUAUUGAUAGUAACGAUAAAGAACGAAUAGAGGAAGCGAGAGAAGAAUUAUACAGCCUCCUUGAUGAAGAAGAAUUGAAAAAUUGCGUCCUGCUGGUGCUCGCAAAUAAACAGGACUUGCCAAAUGCAAUGAGAGCAGAAGAAAUUAGGAGCAAACUAAACAUAAGCUCUCUCACAUCACGACGAUGGUAUUUGCAGUCUACAUGUGCAGUGACAGGUCAAGGAUUGAAUGACGGAAUGCAUUGGCUUGCCGCACAGUUUAAGACGAAGCAUGGUGAAAAUAAAAAGCAAAAAAAGACCUGAUUUGAAUUAGGCUACUGGCUUAUUGACUCAGACAUAUCUCAGGCUGUGUCAGGCAUAGAAGCAUUGAGAUAACUACUGGGUGGUGCAGUAAUAAAAUGCCUGAAAGUGUCACAGCUUCAAUUGAACAAUAAAUUGCAUAAUGAGAUAUAUUGCCUCAUCAAAUCUGCAGUAGGCCUACUUUAAAUAUGAAAAUAUAAAGACUUCGAAUGGAAAGAGAUGCUCCUAUUACAUAUCAAACUAUUUCAAAUAUUAUGCUAUUUUUAAUGAAUUUAAACUACCAUUCACCGAAUUAAUAGAAGCAAUGUCAAUUUUUCCACUUCUUAGUUAGUUUCAACAAUGCCACUGUGAAUAUUUGGUAAAACAAGCCGAAGUACAUAUCUGGAGAAAACACUACUGACAUUCGAAAAUAAAACAGUAAAUAUUUAGUGAUCAUUUUAUGCAACAUUUGGCCUUAUUUUCUCAUGAAACAGGUUCAUUUUGCUAAUAAAUGAAUUUUUUCAGAGGAAUCUUGGACUAAAAAUAGGUGGCGUACAAUAUCAAUGAUAACGCCAUACUUGCCAACUAGUAAAAUAAUGAAAUCGUCUUUGCCACAUCUUCUUAAACUUAUAGUUAUAUCAUUUAUAUGCCCUGGAAUUUUACUUUUAAUUUUACUUGCAAGUUAUACUUUUCUCAUGAAGUUCACAUAUCAACUUUUUUAUGAAAUUGUAGUCAAUUUUUUCUUCCAUGACAGUCCACUCCUUUCACUGCUAAUUAUUAACCAAGCAUUUCCUUUUUUUUGUUGUCGAUGAAAUCUAAUAUUGCUCUUACUUUAUUUGAAAAAUUGUGAAUUGAGCCCAAAUUUCAUUUCUAGCCAUGUUAUAAUAUAUUGAUAAUGUGGUAAAGGUUUGUGUUUCAUAGUUGAGUUAAGUCUUUGUUUUCUAAAUAAGUUAUGUAAUCAGUCAACUGAGUAUUUCUUCAGGGCGAAGCAAAUAUGUUUGUUUGGAACAGUUUAAUAUAUUUUUAGUUGUCAACCAUGAGAGAGAGAGAAAGAGAAUUUUAUGGAUAAGAGAAAUUUAUUAUUUCGUCAACCAAAAUGAUGCUGACGUUGAACUUGCUCCUGUUGCACAAGCUUAUACCAGAUACAAAUGUGAAUUGGCCUAUCUUUUUAUCUCAAAGUCAUUGGGGCAAAGUAAUACCAAUAUUAAAGAAAUUUGCGCCCAUGGAUUUGUUCCAUAAUUUUGAUAUUCACUAGUAAAUUACAUAUUUGUAUUAACUGUCUUGAGCCCUACUGAACAAUCCCUCUAGUAAUUCACGGUUGGCACGGUGGGGCGGGCCACGGUGAAAUAGCGCUAAAAUUGGUAACUCCCGUCUAUAUAGCAGUUAUAUGUAUUUAAACUAGUUUUGUUGAUUGUUCAGAUAAUUUAUAAUUAUCAUUCACACAUCAAAUUCAACAAAUUUUCAUAGAAUAUACUGAACACAAUAUG